AUGGAAAAACGGAAAAAAAAACCCCACCCGACUCGCCCACGACGCAGCUGUGGCAAAGGCGAAUAUAUUUCUUUUCUUUUUCGGUUUCAUGCCAUCCCAAACUCAACGUUCACUCGUUUUUGCCUUGCCUCUCUUUCUCCUUCUCUCACUCUAUUAGUUGACUUUCUUCGCUUUCUUCCACGUUUAAAUUCAGAACAUUUUCAGUGUUCUAAAUCCCUAGCUUUCUUCUUCGUUAAAGAAUUACUUCUUGCUGACGGUAAAAACACAACACACUUAUCACCUCCUCUUUCUUUCUUUUUUUCUUUCUUUCUUUCUUUCUUUCUUUCUUUCUUUCUUUAUGUCUCUCUUUCUGUCCCCCUUUCUGUCUUCCUCUCAUUGUUUCUGUCUUUUUCACUUUCUAUAAUUCUUUCUGUCUUUCUUUCAAUCUUUAUUUAUUUAUUUCUUCCUUCCUUUUUUUCUUUUUUAUUUUCUUUUUGUCUUUCUUAUUUUCUUUCUUUCUUUUCUUUUGGAUUUCUCUUUCUUUCUUUCUUUCUUUCUUUCUUUCUUUCUUUCUUUCUUUCUUUCUUUCUUCCUGUUUGUCUGCAUUUCUUUCUUGUUCUCUUUCUGUCUUUCCUUUUUCUUUUUACUGCCUUUCUCACUUUCUUUUUAUCUGUCUUUCUUUCUUUCUUAUUAAUAUCAAAUAUAAAUAAUUCUUAUCUAUCUAUCUAUCUAUCUAUCUAUCUAUCUAGCUGUUCCAUUUAUCUAUCUAUCUAUCUAUCUAUCUAUCUAUCUAUGCAUGCUAUUGAAUUAUUCUAUCUGCCUAUCUGCUUAAUUCCAGUUACUAUCUAUCUAUCUAUCUGGAUUCCUAUCUGCGAAUAUUCAUUUUUGUUUGAUGUAUUUAUUAUGAGUCAUCUAUCUAUCUAUCUAUCUAUCUAUCUAAGUCUGCAGUCUAUCUGUCUUAGUCUGCUAUCUAUCUAUCUAUCUAUCUAUCUUAGUCUGCAGUCUAUCUAUCUAUCUAUCUAUCUAAUCUAUCUAUCUAUCUAUCUUAGUCUGCUAUCUAUCUAUCUAUCUAUCUAUCUUAGUCUGCAGUCUAUCUAUCUAUCUGUCUUAGUCUGCAUUCUAUCUAUCUAUCUAUCUAUCUAUCUAUCUAUCUAUCUAUCUUAG